AUGGCAAAGUUGUUCUUCCCUCUUGCGUCAUGGCUGGGUGCUUCAUAUGCCCUGCCCCAAUGGCCUCCUAAUCCACCUGUGAGCCAGCCUACGCAGACACUUUGGGGACAAUGCGGCGGUGUUACAUACGAAGGCCCGACACUAUGCCCUAACAAUGCAUACUGCUACAACGACGGGAACAUCUGGUACUCCCAGUGCAUCCCCAUCGAAACAACUCAGAACCAGCCCCCAGCCACAGUACGCACUAUCACGACCAUCUUCAGUGUGGGUGGGCCGACGCCGACUGUCGUCUCGACGCGUAUUACUUACUAUCAGCCGCCGACACCAACGACGCUGCCUGUUGUGACCGUGACGCUGGUGCCGGAUGAGCCUUGUAAUGUUGGGUAUUUGUGCUAG